AUGAGGAACCUACUGCAUAAUAAAGUCAUUAUUGUGACAGAAAGCUCAUCAGACAUUGGCAGAGCAAUUGCGAGCCGGUGUGCACAGCAAGCGGCUAUUGUGGUCCUUCAUCAUUCGGAAGCUCCACGAGAUGAGAUGGAAUCCUUGGCGGGCGCGGCGCACAUUCUAAUCGAUGAGGUUAUCUCCACUUUCGGUCACAUUGAUAUACUUGAAAUUAUGGAGCAAGAGCAGGGCUUGGGCGAAAAAGGACUGAGCUUUACAUCCGCAUAUCUUCUGAGUCAGAUGGCAGCUUCUCAAAUGACCCUUCAGGGUCAAGGAGGUAGUAUCAUCUCAAUAUCGCCAACCGCAGCGGCAAGUGGGUUCUUAAGCCUCAAGCAUGAUACGACGACCAGAAAUGCACUGCUAGCAAUUUCAGAGAAAUUAGCUAUCGAAUUUGGCAAACACGGCAUUCGACACAACUGCAUCAUACCGGCGGCCACCGAGUCAAGUAUGAUGACACAUGGUCCAGCAACGAACGGGAGAAAGGAGUUUACGGAGAGUAGAGUACCACUGGGGAGGCUUGGACGGCCGGAGGAUAUAGCCAAUGCAGUGCUCUUUCUUGCUAGAAAUAUGUCCGAUUACAUUACUGGACAACAAAUUGUAGUUGACGGUUGUGUCUCGGUCAAGUACAACUUAUGUAUUGAGGUCGAAUGA